AUGUGUAGGGCAAGUACGUUUGCCACCCUUGUCAUCCCAGCCCGUUUGACACCUCAGGAUGAUCAUGGUCUUACGAUCCGCGCGGUGCUGGACAAGUUCGAGCUCAAGCAUGUCUCGGUGUCCAGGUUCGCCUUCCUCGUGUCAGCUGCUAGUCAGAAUCGAUUUGGGUCAAGUUGCUUAUUAUUAUUUUUUGAAGCCGACACCCUUUUGACCAGCAUCCGGCGGACGAGCACCAGUUGCACAGGAGCUUUUACCUCAGAACUCUCGCUGGCGGUGAUAGAGCGCACUGUGAACCAGUCUGGCAAACUUGCGCGACCAAUGAACUGUAGGGCUUCCAGCUGUCACGAGUGGAACUCUGGGUGUCGCCAGCUCAUUCGAGAUAACUUCGAGUGGUACAAGGAGGUCAGCGGAAAAUGCUGCCCAAUGCCCUGCGUGUUUGGCAACCUGGAAGAUUGCUUCCCGGAGCGCACGUAUGAAGCAGCUGACCCGUUCAUCGUGAAGUUUCGCAAGGUGGACCAGGCUCCCCUCUUCCGAACUCAGCAUUGCUUCACACAUGACAAAGAGUGCGCGCUAUUCGGCGCACCAUCAGCUCACAGCGACUUUGAGGUCGCGGGCCUCCCGUGUUGGGACAUGAGCCUGGCAGGGAAGAGGCUCCAAGAGGAAGGCCGCACAGCUGGGGCAUUCCUUGCUCAUGCCAAGAGGCAUGUGGAAAAGGAGACCCGCUUGAUUGUGGUGGAAAACACGAAGGUUCGUGGCAAGCCCAACAUCGUUGCCCUUCUGACAGACAGGGAACGUCGAGUAAUCUCCGGUCUGAGCAAAGAGUACAAGGCGAGAUUCAACGAGAAGGCGGAAACCAACUCAAACCUGGUGAUUUAUCUGGGGGACAACGAAUGCCGGCGUUGUUGGUCAGCCGUUUCGGGAAAAAUCCCUACCCUCCGCUGCGGCGGAGGGCUCCUGUGGAACCCGCACCUCAAAAGGUUCAUGACGGGCAGGGAAAAACUUUCCUCCCUUGGCUUUCCUGUUUGCCAAGCCUCGUCGUCAGCAAUGUCUGUCCCUCCAUUACCUGUUCUGGAUGUAAAACGGUGCUCCCUAAUCGCGGGAAACGCCAUGAAUUUUUCCAGCGUAGGCGUUGUGCAACUAGUGGCGCUGUGCAGUUUCAAGAUUCGGUUGCCUGACAUAGACCGUUUGUGA